CUGACUUGCCCAUGGGCCAGAUUUCGCCCAAGGGGCUCGUGAGCAAUGGGGCGCUUGUCUGAAUGGAACGAUUGAAUUUUCAGCUUUGUUUGGAGUCUGUUUGGGCGUUGCGUGAUUGGCAGCUUCUUAUGUUGUUGUAUCAGAUCAUCUAACAGCUGAGUCACCCAGUUCCCUAAAACUACCUUUCUAUGCAUAUGUCUUAUGACUAGAUUCCGCAGAGCGUGAGGCAGUUGUAAAUGUCAGAACAUGCACGACUUGUUUUGAUCUAUUUUAACUCUGGAGCAAACACUACUUACACUGACGGUGGUGGUGGUGUGCUUGUGUGAUAUCGACAACAUGCAAAGGGCUUGGUGGAAGCGCUCUGCCCUGUGAAGCUUACAGUCUAAUUGGGCAAGAGAUGAAGGAGGCGGGAUGGGAAGUGACAGAAGGCAGCUUGAGGGGCAGUGCCCCUAGCCUCUGUUUGCCAGAAGCUGGGAAUAGGUGACACGGGAUAAGAAUCACUUGAUGAUUCCCUGUUCUGUUCAUUCCCUCUGAAGGCACUGUCAGAAGACAGGAUACUGGGCUAGAUGGACCUUUGGUUUGACCUAGUCUGGCUCUUCUUAUGUUCAGUGCUAGCAAAUGCCAUGUUCCAUGGGUUUUGUUUUGAUCUAGGGCACGGGGAGCAGCAAGAUUUAUAGGGCACCUGGAAGGAAGCAUUUCAUAGACCAUCCCUUGAUUUUCCCUUCUCGUUACAACCGGAAGUAGUUUCCAGGAUAUCUUGGAGAUCUCCAGUUUAAAUACUGGCAAUGCUGAAUGAAACAGCAAAACUUAAGCCUCCUUCACCAUCUUGGACUUUACCUCAAUCUCCCCUCAUCACCACCUCGAUGUAAAUAGCUAAGCUAGGGAGUGGGGGGUAUUCCAUGAGCUGCCUCCCAGGUGCGCCAGUGGUGGGCUCUUCAGCAGUGUGUGUGAGGGCAGAACGAGCACUGCAUAGUAAAAUGGCAGCUGGAGUGAAAGGAACAUCUACUAAUGACGACACCAGCAGAAACUAUGGAGUCUUGUAGUGCCCUGUGCUUGUAUUGUUAGCUGUGAAUCUGCUCAGAGGCUCCUGGGGAAACCCCACGAAGGACAGGCCCCUUCUUGGUAAAACAAGUUGAGAGAGAGCCUUGGGGCUUGUCUACACAACCAAGUUCUGUUGACAAAACUUAUGUCGACACCCAAAAGUCGACCAAACAAAAGUCACCGAAGGGUGUUCACACUUGCUCCCUCUGACAGAUUGUGUCCACAUUGGGGACACCAGUAUCGACAGGGUGAGCAAUGCACCGUGGAUAUGUAUCCCACAGUGCAGUGUUGUGGGAAGGAAGAGCUGAUCACUGCACAUCUUGGGAUUCUCUCACAGCCCCCUCAGCUGCCAGAGCAGCAUCGUGAGUAGCUCUGUGAGCUCUCUGCGCUGAGGAAUGGCAAAGCAGCACAGCAGACUGUCCCCGGCAGCAGCAGUCUGUGUCCCUAGUGCCGGGCGGAACAGGAGCAUUCCAGUGUUUGCUCUUUGUUGGCUCCCCAAAGGGAGCAGCACAGGGAUACUUCCCGGAGCUUUGAAAGGGGAGAGGCGCAUGCUUGCAGGAGAUCAAAACACUGAGCUGAGCAGCCAGGACAGGCAUUGUGGGAUACUGGGGGAAGCCAGUUCUGUGGACAGAACAGUCAGCAGUGUCUGCGCUGGCUCUUUGUCGACAAUAAAGUGAGGGGAAAAGACAAAAGUCUCGUAGGUGUGGAUGUUUUUCGCGACAAAAGACCCAUUGUAGUGUAUACGCUCUUGCUGUUUUGUCGCCAAAAGGCAGUUUUGGGGCCAAAACUUGCCCAUGUAGACAAGCCCUCACUUGUGGAUCAAGGGCAUUACACUCAUUGGGAAAGGGAGGAGAUAGGGUACAAACCCCUGGUUACAGGGUCAUGCAGUUUAGCAGACAGACAUCAAGGUGGUUCUGUUCAUGUAAAAUACACUCCUGUUGAUAGACAACUGUAGCUUGGUGGUUUGAGUUCACCAGCAGUGGAAAAACUUGCAGCUGAUGAGCUUUGCCCUGCAGUUCCAGGGAGUGCACUGUCUGGGGCUGCAUUUUCAGACUGAGCAUCGCUUGAGGGUGGAUGGGAGGCUAACUGUUUGGGGGACUGCAAAUGACAGGGCCUGGCCUGCUGUCUUCUCUCUCCUGUGGUGUGAGUUUUCUGUAUAGUGGUGGUGUGUGAAAGACUGUUAAAUCAAACAGGGAACACAGGCACCUUUGACUAUUUCCAAAUGGUUAAUUCUGAGCCAUGUUCCCCUGGGGAAGUAAACAGUUUAAAGACACCUCAGCAGGCUGAUGGGGCCCAAAGCUCUUCUUGAACUUCCUUCAGAGCCUGAAAAAUGUCCAGCUUCUCCAAAUCAUAGACUGCAAUUUAAAAUUGCCCCUUCUCUGUUGGACCAAUGACAAACCUGGCAGGUUCCGGGUUGGUCUGCGGGCCUCAGCCUCCGGCCAUUGCUCACUUUUGCUGUUGAUGAGCCAGACAGGAUCAGCAAUUCUAAGACUCAGUUCAGAACGGGGCUUUCUCAACAGAGCAGAGCGGAGGGACUCUGCAGUGCAUGCUCCUACAUCAAACCAAGCUGGCCGGUCCAGUUUUAGGCCUCUCUCUGUCCCAGUGGCAUUCCUUCUAUUGCUUGAGCUUCAGUGUCGGCACUGUGCCAACGGAUCAGGAGACAAUGCCAGCCCCAACGAGCUUGCUGUUCUGGUACCUAGCCUUGCAAUGGUGACUCCUGCAGGAGUCCUUUUGUUCUGGUUCUCUUUGGGUCACUGGGGCGGCUUUGGCCUGCCUGCAGUACUGUCUCAGUAAUGACUGAGCAUGAUGUGGAGGGCAGCCAUGUCUACCACUGUGCCUAUCCCUCCUGUAGACACAGUGGUGUAUGCACCAGCUACAAGUAGAAAUCUUGCAGGGGACAAUGUUGGACAGCUUUGCUGUGAAGAGGAGGAGACUGUCAUCCCAGCAUUGGGGUCAGAAUGGAAGGAAGAGAUGGGUGGGGGCUGGGUCCCUGUGAGGGAGUAGGCGGGAAUGAGGCUGUGGGCGAGCAGAGCUUUGAAGAUCCUAUGCUUACGCUUUGUGGGGAAUGGCAGAGUCCGCACGGGUGGCUGGCGACAUGAUGCAGGUUGCUAGCAGCAUCUGGAGGGAGAAGCAGGGAGACCUGAGAGCAGAUUGCAGGAGUUAAGGAGAGGUGACCAACGUGCACAUGAGGGCUUUAGAUCUUGUCUUCACUAGGAAAAUGUUGUGGAAGCUAGAACUUGAGCCCAAGGGACAGUAGUCAGUAGUGAUGACAAAGGCAGCAUUGGGAGGGAUGUGGAGAAGCUGUGGGUUUAUUUGACCAAAGUGCCUUUGAGUCGGUGACCAAACUACUUAACUUGCCACCUCACCCUGCCUGUCUAAUGGGCUGGACUCUUGGUGAGCUGCCUGUGCUAACAGACCCUAAGAGGAUCCCAGGGUCCUUCCCUCUGUGCAAUAUGCUGCACUGGAAGCUGCUGAGGAGAGGAUUGUGGGUGGAAGGCAGGUUCACUGGUGGCUUCCUGCUUUUGUUCAGGAGCAGAGUAGUGACCAUGUGAAUUCUGCCUCCCAGCAGGAGCUGCUUGUACAUAUGUAUCUAUCACCCUCUCCUCAUGCCACUGAUCCAGAGCGACUAGCAGGAAGUGCAGCUUUUGGGGACACCUGCUGCCUUUAAUGUGAGAGAGAGUCCAUCUUUGCACCAAGCAGGGGGGUCGUUGAGGACUGUCACGCCAGUGGCAGGAAACUAACCAAGUGGCAUGAGGUGAGUGUGGGAACUGGCACGUACCACAGUGCUCUGCAUUCUCAUGUGCUUGUGUUACCAUCAUGCUUGCAGGCCCCAACUGAGGCAAGGCCUUAGUGUGCUGUGUAAACACAUAGUGAGACAGUCCCUGCCCUGAAGAGCUUAGCUAAGUAGACAAGACAGGCAAAGGGUAGGAGAAUGCAAAAUGGGGCUGAUGGUAUUUCCUAAUAGGGAACUGCGACAAGGAGAUGAAGCAACUUGCUUGGAGUUGCGCAGGGAGAACAUGACGGAGCUACGUUUUGUUUUGACAUUUUCAAAAAUAAAAAUUCUGGUUGUCUGGUUCAAAAUGACAUUUUGGGGGGCAGAUUUCCAUCUUUCAAAUAUUCAUGGGACCAAUAAAAACAUUUCCCACCUAGGCCUAAACUGAAACAUCCAACCCCACUCCAAGAGUUAGUCGUGGGCGGCAAGGCGGUGUUGGGUAAACUCCACUCUGUGUUAUUGGGGAGCAGACAAUGAACUGAUUGCAUGUUGCCCUUAAAGAAUUAUGGAUUAAUUGCAGAUUCUGUUUGUCUAUUUCAGAGCUGUUGAGCAUGUCUUGGAUGAGCAAGGGAGGGAGGGGGUUCUUAAUAUAGCUGUCUGGAAACUUUCCAGGCUCAAACUAUCAGGGCUUUGGAGCGGAGGCCAGAGCUGGAGAGCGGAGCAGUGGAGCUGCAGGUUUCUGCCUGGAGCUGGAGGGAGCCGGAGCACAGCUCCAAAGCCCUGCAAACUAUAGCUUCCAGUUUAUUUUCAGCAGGGAUCCCAGCUCAUCUGUACAGAUGUCUAUAGUUUUCCUUCUGCUCAAGAUAAAAAGGUAUGGCCAACUAGCUGCUCCGCUCCGGACAAAUCCGUUCACAGUGGAAAGGCUGGUGUGCUACCAAGAGGGAUUUGCCAUUUGCCGUUUUUCUCACCCAUAGCCCAGAGGCCUGUUUCCAGUAGAAAAGAUGAUUUCCUAGAAUUUCCUCUCCAACACUUGAUUUGAGGUCCCUGCCUCUGCAGGCAUAGGGAUUUUGCGGGGGGAGGGAUAGCUCAGUGGUUUGAGCAUUGGCCUGCUAAACCCAGAGGUUGAGAGUUCAGUCCUUCAGGGGCCAUUUAGGGAUCUGGGACAAAAAUCUGUCUGGGGAUUGGUCCUGCUUUGAGCAAGGGGUUGGACUAGAUACCUCCUGAGGUCCCUUCCAACCCUGAUAUUCUAUGAUUUGUGAUCCCCAGCCUAAUCUCAAUGUGUCCUGGCCUAUUCCUUCCCAUGAAGUCCUAAAUGGCUUGUUUUUGAAAAUCAUUGCAUGACCAUCUGCAGUGAAAGCACAUUACCUGGUGUUGCUGCCUCGCUGUGGGUCUCCGGAUCACUGCUCUAAUGCUUCCUGCCCUUUGUCUGGGGUUCAGAGCGGAGCACUCUUUCCCAGCUCGUAUUUUGUGCAUGGGUACACAUGGAGAUCAAUUAGAUCCUAUUCAUGUGAUGCUGUGUAGUGCAGCAUGGAAUCUGCAAAGGGCAACAGGCUCCUAUCUGCUUUCUGGCACGUACCCCCCAACACUCCUUCUCACUGCACGUCUACAGACAGGCCUGACGUUAGAGACGGUGCACCCGUCAUUCACUCUAACUGAAGAAGUGUCGUUGGGGUAUUCCCAACAUCCCUUUGGCCUGUCCCAGGCCAGCUGCGGUAGGUUCUAAUAGUGCUGCUCAGCCCCAGAGAGUGGUCACUUCUCUACAGCAUUUGAAGUCUGAACGGUUCUGAAUUGGUGUGUGGAGAUUUAACCCUCCAGCUAACAUGGAAAGGCAGUCACGUUGGUAGGUCCUCACUUGGACUUGCAAGUGUAACCCUGGGACACAGGUGAAUUCCUGGAUAGAUGGUAUCAUGAGCAGAAGCAGACCUAACUCUGGCCUUCGUUAGCAUCCAGGUACUCUGUGUUGGUUUAAAGGAGUAGUGUGGCAAGAAUGUCACUUGCAUGCCUUCUGCUGUCUGGUUCGCUGAACACCUCUGUCUGUGUUCCUCUGUGGCCCCCAUCACCGCAGUAUGUCAGCUCAGCUGUGCAGAAACUGCCUGGAACAAACCAACCUCACUCACUGUUUUCCUUAAUGAAGGACCAGACGGUAGAAGGGUGUCCCCUUCCCCAAAGGCCAAGUCCAUUGACUGUCUCACUCCUAAUUCCUGCAGGCUUGGGAACCAAGGAUCCAGAGGGGCUGACUUUGCCCCAGAUAGCAUCGCUAGCUCCCAGCACCAGCCUGUGCACGUGAUCUGAAACCUUGUUAAUUCUAGCGUAAGAUACCCUUCUGUGAGAGGCCACGGGGGGGAGGGGUGGGGAGGGGAGUGGUAAUGCAAAGCCAGAUCUUUUUGCACAGCCUGAACUUCUUAACCACAUCGGGUCAGCCCCUGCAGAUGCUACGUUGGCUGCAGCCUGACACGUGCUCACUGGCUCCUGGAGAGGAAACCUGCCUUCCUGUGUGGGAAACAACCUGAGCGUGUUUGAUCUGUUGCGGUCAUGCAUGCAAUGGGCAUGUUCAGCUCUGUAUUUUGCGGGGAAUGUUUGCAACCAUGUCUCCAAGUGCCAUCUCCUCUUUGCCCACUCUGCCGCAUGCCCUUUGACCCCAAAAAGGUGGAGAAGGCCUCCAAUGUGGAGAAGCAGUUGUCCUCCUACAAGGCUCCUUGCAGAGGGUGCAGUAAGAAGGUGACCCUAGCGAAGAUGAGAUCCCACGUUUCAUCCUGCGCUAAGGUUCAAGAGCAGAUGGCCAACUGCCCAAAGUUCGCUCCUGUGGUCCCAACUUCCCAGCCCAUUCCCAGCAAUAUUCCAAACCGUUCCACUUUUGUCUGCCCUUAUUGUGGAGCCCGGAACCUGGAUCAGCAGGAGCUGGUCAAGCACUGCAUGGAUAACCACCGCAAUGACCCCAACAAAGUGGUGUGCCCUGUCUGUUCAGCGAUGCCCUGGGGGGACCCCAGCUACAAGAGCGCCAACUUCCUGCAGCAUCUCCUACACAGGCACAAGUUCUCCUAUGACACCUUUGUGGACUAUAAUAUCGAUGAAGAAGCAGCGUUGCAGGCUGCGUUGGCGCUCUCCCUCUCGGAGAACUGAAGGCGACUGCUGAGCAGCGGUGUGGAUCCUUUGCACAGGUCGCCUUUCCGCUUGGAGAGGUGUGACACUUGUUAAUCCCUCUGCAUUCCCUAGAGAUUAGGCAACCCAUCUCUGGUUAAAUCGCACCUUGUUUAAUAAGGUGGAAUCUUUCGUUGCACAAUGAAAUGGUGAGCGAGCAUGAUCUGGUGAGAGUGACACCUGCUGGAUGGGAAGAGGCAAAGGCGACCUUACCAAAUGUUUGUUUUUUCCAAUUGGGCAUUUCAUAUCCAUAUACGGAGUAUAUAUCUCUAUCUAUUUAUUAUUAGAUGCUUUUUGGCACCGUUGCUCCUCUUAUUUGUUGCGGUUAAUGGGUACAUAAAACAAUGAUGCAUUUUAUGUGAAAUGCCCUAGUUUUCAAUUCUUAUCCAUGGGUUUUUUUUAAAGCGUUGAGCGUUUUUUAACCUCGUAAGAGUAUUUAUUGAGAUGUUGGUCCUCCACCCUCCCGAGGGCAUGAGCCGUCUGUUGCUCAGCUCUAUUGCUGCUGCUCACGGAAGGCCAGAAGCAACGAAGCGCAUUGGGCUAAAUCUGGGAGUGAAUCUGCUGCGCUCAGAUACUGCGAUGACAGGUCUAUUGAAAAGAGCUAGGUAGAAAUGGGAAGGAAUCCUGACCUGUCCUGCCACUGGCUUUCUUUCACCUUCCUCAUUUUGUACUGGCUUUUGUGAUACUAGACUUCUUGCAUUUUUUCUACAUUAAUCGGUGUGGGACCUUUUCACGUUUUAUAAAGCAAAACAAAGCAGUUACUCUUCAUAUCGCAAUAUUUGUGUUUGACUAGGAACAAUAGUAUUUUUAUGGAACCUUAGUAAGAAAAAAGUUAUAUUUUUUAAACACAUGCUGUGGAUUCAAGAACUGGGGUGGGGUGGGGAACUGCUGGAACCUGGAAUUGAGAGGGGGCUCUUUUCCAUUUGCACCUGAGCAACAGAAAGGUUGCAUUGUUUCAUAUUUAUUUUUGGGGGUCAAUUUUUAUUUUUUAUUUUAUUUUAUUUUUCAAAUAAAGAUGCUGAUGUGCAGCCAUGCUGGGUCAGACAUGUGACCCAAGCAUGGGAGGGCGGUACUCGGAGUUACUCACCAGGCAUUAACGAGGGUGUUGGUCAAUGGAUCAAGUCCACUUCUGAAAGAAAAUAAAAACUGUGAAUAAGCUACAAGCUGUGUGUGUCUCCAAGAUGCAACGCCCUGCGAGUUGUUCAGCAGAGGGGGUGUUCUCUGGGGCAACAGCCCCAUUAGCAUUAGCAUAGCAAGGAGUGGGCCAGUUAGCGUCUUGACUCCAGGCUGUUCGUUCGCUUCUGUCGGCAUGGACGGGCUCUUUGGCUGGGAUUGUGAGGGGGCUGAUCUGGUCCUAGCUUGGCAGAGCUCAGUUCAGCAGUGGUCUGGUGUUUGGAAGCACAUGCCGUACAGUGUGACAAGCAGGCUGCCUUCCACUAUUGGUACUAACUUUAGGUCUCUUAAGUCCAUGAGUGCUAAUGUGUGUGAAUAUGGCGUCUAUAGUGUGCAAAUCCAGCCUCGGGCUGUGGCAUGGAAACUGCAGUUAGGGACUCAGAUUCUAGUCACCUGUGGAGAAGGAAACCGAUGCUCCUCAGCAGCCAUCCAGAGGUUGGUUGGGUCUCCGUGAUCCCGGGGUAAAGAUUCAGGAGCUCACCGGGAGUGACACCAGUAGGAUAAUUUAUAAUAAACGUUGCGCCCCAGAUUUUUUUUUCUGUUACAACUAAUUUUACAGCAUUAAAUCGUGUAAGGACAUGACUGCAAAACUCUCCAUUGGUGUGGAGUUAAACCCAGCAUCUGGUGCUGGCCCUGGCUGAGACAGGACACAACUCAACGGGCCCUUUGUCUGAGGGCGUGGCAGGCCCUGAAAUCAGGUAGAGAUCUGUUUGUAACCGACCAGGUGGCUGAAACUUUGGCCUAGCUGCAUGCAUUCUUCCAGGGGGCCAGGAGGCUGGCUGGGCAUGCUCAGUUCCAGGCUCUUGCUGUAGUGUAGAAUCAGACCAGCUUAGUCUUUCUGCACUGUGAAGAUCACUUCGUCGUUCGCUCCUCGGCCGCUGCGGGCGCCUCUCUGGGGAUAGGGCAGAUCUGACCAAAGGUUUGGGCUGAGCCUGUUUUUAAGGGAGUUGAAAUUCAUUUUGGAAUAGUAUGGCUAGCAAAGAAUGCUGGGAAACAGACUGACUGGAGCAAGGUGCUCUCUCCCUGGCAGGGAGACGUGUCUCUUCAGUUAACUUGUCCAGCCAGCGCAAUUAGGAAGGAAGUGCUGGGAGUUUUGACAGUGCAUUUCCCUGUCUAGUUUUUGCCCAAGUCUGUCACUUAAACGUCAUUGGUGACAUUGCGUUGACUGUCGUUCAGUGGGUCUGCGUAGCACUGGUUUAAACCACCUCCUUGUACUGACUUGAGCCCUGACGUUCCCCACCUUAGAUGCCAAGCCUCAGACUGAUGCUGCACACAGCCACUUUCUUCCCAGCCAAGGAGAACUGGCUGCUUGUCAGUGGGCCAGUUUCCAUCCUUAACUGACCUCUGGGAUCCCCAUUGCUGGAUCCUCCUUUCUGUAGGGACUGGACAUCCUACUCCACAGCACAAAACAAACAAAACAAAGUUCCUGGCUGGUAUCCACCAGCCCCUCUGUUGAUGAGCUCUGUGGAAGAGCCCUGUGGGAGGCAGGGCAAAAUCCAUCUAGGACCAUUUCAUUUCCCGUCUGCUAAGAGACAUCCUGUAGCCUCCCUAGCUAUAAACACAAAACGGGUAAAUCACGUACAGUCCUGCUUAGCAAGCUGGAACCCAGCACCUGCCUUUUCUAGGGAGCUGGGAGCUUUUCUCCUCCAGUGCCCUGGGAGGGGCAGUCCUGGUUAGGAACACAGCCCAGCAAUACAUACCUUGUCCACUCACAACCUGUUGUGAAAUGUGAAGGGGCAGGAUUCAUCAGGUGCUGCGAUUCGCUCAUCCCAGAGGUGUUUGGGUGACGCUGCACUUUCACAUUCAGGGUGUUUCAAGCCAGAAGAGGCCACUAGAACCUCUAGUCUGACCUAUGAAACGCAGGCCAUUAAACUUGUCCAAGCAUGAGGUGUUGGGUGGCUGGUGGCCAUGUGUUGGCCUCUUGGAAGGGGACCUUUCCUCCAUCUAUCUCGCUGUUCUUUAGCCGUUUUUGCUUUCUGGCUCCAUGCCUGGUUCCUGUCCCUUCCCGUCACAGUUAAAAUUGGUCUCAUCACUGGAUCGCUUUUUUGUUCUCUCUUUGCUCUUUUAUCCUGUGACCUUUGUUAUUUGCCACCCGACCUAUCUUGAGUCCUUCCACCUGCAGCAGUGCAGGAAGCUACCCUAUAACCCCACCCAAGGGAACGAGCAUUGCAGCUUGCUGACCUGCCUGCUCUUGGUCUCCCAAUAUGGACACAUUCUGCUACUAAAGUCCCUGGCUUAUGGUGGUCUAAUCUCUAGCACACUGGCUGAAGGCUGGCUGAUGCUGUGGUACCUUGCAGAGGGAUCUUCAUCUCCAAACCCUUAUUUAUCACCCUUCGACCUUUGCUCUAGCCCGCAUGGUGAAACCUUUCUCCAGAAGAGCUGAGUGGCUCUGCUUGCCGCUGGUUUUGCCCACUGACUCUUUUUUCCUUUGUUGCAAAGCAGCUGCCAUCUCCCAGCAUGCUAGAACGCCACCUACUUUGCACCUCACUUUGAUAGUCAGGGACCAAUUGGCAGGCACCUAGCACUGGUGCAUUCCCUCUUAGGGAUGGGGUGCUCUGUUGGAUGAAAGUACCACUUCGCACUGAUGCCUGUGGACUCUCAGGGGGUGCAUGGCAUCUAGCUAAUCUCCUGGAGUUUGGGAGCUGGCUUGUGCAGGCCUUCCUUUCAGCAUUGCUCUGGCUGCGAGAUACUCACCAUCUGGCACCGCGCCGUUGCUGCGAGCAGGUCCACGGCCAUGAUAUUUUAAACAUCUCAGUAGCCGCUUCGUUCCAAGCUUGAAGCUUAGUUUGUAAGUGGGUUACCCAUCAACGUAGCUGAAUGCAAUUGCUUACGGCAAACCCAGGGACUGAUGGAAACUGCUCCCACUCACUGCCUUUGAAUGUAAGAUGAGAUCGGACAGGGAAAUUCCACAGUACGGUGCUGUUAACCUUGCAUGUUUUGCUUCGCUUAGUUGGGAUGGGUUGGGGAAGGAGGUUUUGUCUGUCUAGCCUUAAAACCCAGCCAUCUGCCAGCAGGCUGUUUUGUCCUGGGUUUGAAUGUGUACUGCUGUGCGUGGAACGUAAAGAGGGCAGCGGAAAUAUAAUCCAGAAGGUUUUCCUUCUCAAAUGAGAGCCUUCUACCUUUCACAGAUGUCAGAUCUCAUCUGUUCCCAUUUCUCUUCCAGCAGCAUUAAGCUGCAGAGCUUACAUACCUUUAAAGUAGGUAAGCUUUAAUAAACCUACCUAACUUUUCUACUCUUUUAAUGUACUAUAUCGAAUGGGGCCAGUUUUCCACUGGCUUUCAAGGCAUGGGGAGUGGGGAGGGUGUCUGAGUCUUGUCUUAAUGUAAAUUGUGUCUAACAGAAAAUGAGUUUUGGCAGGAGGAAUAUUUUACUUAUGGCUUGAGGGUGGAUGUGCUUGAUCUCUGUUCAAAGUGGUGGUGCAGCACUGUGAAACGCAAACCUUGUGCUGGGAACAGGAACAGCAAUGAGCUGGCCAGUGUGAUGAGGAAGAAUCAGAACCCAGAAACCUUGUUAACUUUCUCUAGCCCUAUCUCACCCCAACCUGCCCGCUGACAAAUUGCCUUAACUUCUGUUCCUAGCAUGGAGUUUGUUCCUGUCUUUGUAUUGUUUGCUGUCUUGUUAUAACGAGCAGAAUCCUCUAGGGGGAGCAACAAUUACACACUUGCUAGGGGAAGCCUGUCUAAUGUACAUCUUAAGUGCUGCAUUUUGUCAUUCCACUUGAGAUGCCGUUGGAAAAAGCUGAAGCCAUGCGCAUCUUACAAUGAAAUGUGUAAAUGUCUCUGGAAUGUGUGCUGUCAUGCAAGAAAUAGUCAUGUGCUAACGUAGAAGUCUUGUUUGCCAUAGGUUCAAUUGCACUUUUGAGGCAACAGGGAUUAGUGGUUAGAGCAGGAACCUGAAAGCCAAGACACUCGAGUCUGUCUCUACUACUCCACUCACUAGCUAGGUGACCUGGGGCAAGUCGCUUAAUCUUUGUGCCUCAGUUUCCCUACCUGAGCAAUACCCACCUUAGGGAUUAUUUGGGGGGGGGGGGAUGCCCACCUCUGUAAGUGCUAGGGGAUCCUCAUAUGAAAGGUGCUAAAGAAAUGGGAAAUGUCACCUUUCAAAAUCAGCUGAGUGUCAGCAAGCACAGUUCAUUUUUCAGCUGUAUAUUCGUUCAGAUCUCUUUUCCUAAGCAAUGUGAUGAUGUUUGUAAAUCAUUCACUCUGUGCUCAGAAUAGCUGUUCGGUUCCAGCUGGCUAAUCUGGACUUGCUAAACGAGGGAACUGUGCUGGAGCAAGGCCGUCUUUCAAUGCGUGCCGGUAUGCUAUGUCGAUAUUUUCAGUGCAAAUACCCAGAGAUGCUAUUGAGUACAUGAAUGUCAAUGGCAUAUGGCUCUCAGACAUGCAGCGCACCGCAGCCUGCAAUAGAAAAGGGUUUUUUUCAUAUGGGAUAGCUUCAUGGAUGACUUUGGGUUUAUGAGGCAGCUUUCCUACCACAGGUGUCCUAAAGCUCUUCCCACUGGAGUGAGUGAAACACUGGCAGGUGCUGCAGCUGUUCUGCCCUCUGCAGUUCCCCAGAUGUUGAGGGAGAAGUUUGUCAGGAUUUUGGGGUUGUGGAAAAACUGUUCAAAGCAGAUGGGCAGCAGCCGUCAGAUAUGGGCAGAGAGGCCCUUGAUGGAAUGUCUGAGCCAAAGGUUGCUAACUGGGCACAUCAAGUCACCGUGCGUUGUUUGGCUGAAAGAGCAGCUGCCGCUUGGGAGAAUCUCCAGGGUGGGUGACUGAGGAGCUCCCUGUGCAAGCACAGCGUGUCUCAGCUAGUACUCAGCACAACGCUUAAAAGGCCUGUGUUUAAGUUCACUCAUUCCCAUUCUGGGUCCAUUUUAGCCUUUAAACAUUGAUCCGUACCGAGUCUGUUCGUUGUGAAUGUCUUUGCUUCUCACCCUGCUCACUCAAAAUCCAGGCAGGGGAGGGAGUGGGUUGGCGUUCUUCAACCACACUGAGAUCUAGGAGGUGGCUGCCUUCUAGUCCAGAAGCCAUCCUCCCGCAGGGUUGCUUCAUGUCCCACUGGGGCCUGAGAGAACUUUCAGCAGUGCCGUUGACUUUGGAUAGGACUCAGGCUCUCUUGAAAAUUUUGCUCCACAGUCCUAGUUUGAAGAGCGCAAUUUUGAGGCUUAACCAAGGUGCUUCCCUGCACCCUGUUAUCCGAGUUUUAGGCUCACACUCUAGUAAUACAGGGUUUUUCCACCUUAGUCUAUAUAGUAUCAGAAAAUAUUACAAAGCAUGUUUGCUCCUGGGUGGCUAGCUGUCCCUCCCCCACUCCCUCACCCUGAGGAACCUGCAGUCAUCCCUACAACACAUGAGCAAAGGGCAAACACUUAGCAGAGACCAGCUGCUCAGAGGAGUAUCCUGAGUUGGGAGUUAGCCAUGUGGGGCCGCCUGGGAGACAUGAACAAAACCAUAUCCUCAGUGAGCCAGGGGGGUUUCUUCCUAGCUGGUCACUGCCUUUUCCCCGGGGACAGGUACCUGGAUUUCCUGACGAUGAUGGUACCUCCUUGCAAUAUAUGCUCUCUCCAGGGAGAAAGGAGUUGAUAUACAACCUGGGAAGGGUCUGGGUUCCCUGUUUCUGCCAGUGCAGUAUCCGGAUCACUGCCUCUGGCCUGUACUGUUGGGUCCCAUGUAUAAAGAGCUCAUGCUGCUUUGUGGGCCUGGAAGAGGGGUAGGGGUGGCAUCCUGAGCAGGUGGCUGGUGAGGACCCCUUUCUGUUGUAUAAAUACUGAAGAGCAGCAUUUAUUGGCCCAAGCUUUGCCCUGGAGAUGGGGAACGGGAAGGUGCAACAGACACUAGAGAGGCAGCAUGGCUGUGUGGAUAGACUUCUGGGGCUGAGAGUUGAGGCCUGAGUUCCAUCCCUGGCUCUGCCACAGCCAUCCUGUAUGAUCUUCAACAAGCCACUUCUCCGUGCCUCAGUUUCCCCAGCUCUAUAGCGGGGGCAAUGAUACCUGCUUUUGUAAAGCACUUUAAGGCCUAUGGAUGAAAUGCCCCAUAUAUGUGGUAAGUGGAUAUUUACUAUGCUCCCUUUGCAUCAGUUAUGUGUAAUAACAUAAACUAAAGGGGUUUACACUCAGAAUUCCACGUGUCGCAGCGAAUCACAAGACUUCUUCCCCUUGAACUCCUGAUUCUGCUGGAGGUGUGGGACUGUUGGGCCCACAGUUCUAGGUGUCGGCAGAGGAGUCCCCCCUGUUGCGUGUUCUCUGUCGGGUUUGGCAUUGGUGACGGUCAUGCUAUUCAAUGUGGUGUUGUGACUAUUUUGCAUAUGAAUAGAACUUUUAACGAGACAUACUGUUUUUUGAAGAAAAAUCAAUGAUGUAUUUGUAGCAAACCAUUUUUUCUCAAUAAAUGCAGUUUCAUCCAUU